AAAAGACCGGCAGGAGGAGUGGGACUCGCUAUAAGGACACAAGCGACUCUUAAAUCCAGCCGCUCUUCUAUUUUUACGCAGCAGAUUUGGAAGAAACAAACAAGUAAAACAGAAGGAGCUGUGAUUGAGAGAUUCGCCAUUCACAUUGUUUUACAUUAUUCUCAGCUACAGACACACUCGGAGACGGACGGAGCCACCAUGAGAAGAGCUGUGGAUGUUGCGCUGACUCUGCUGCUCGCCGUGUCCCUGUCGUGCCGGAGUGUCUUUGGCGGCUACGGGAUGAGCCUGUUCGCUGCGCAGACCUCUCCCCCGGACCCCUGUUACGACGAGCACGGCAACCCGCGGCGCUGCAUCCCGGACUUCGUCAACUCCGCCUUCGGCAAGGAGAUGAGGGUGUCCAGCACCUGCGGCAAGACGCCGAGCCGCUAUUGCGUGGUGACAUCCGAUCAGAAGGGAGACGAGAGGACCAGGAACUGUCACACCUGCGACGCCUCCGACCCCAAGAAGUAUCAUCCACCGGCUUACCUAACGGAUCUCAACAACCCGCACAACCUCACCUGCUGGCAGUCCGAGAACUUCAUCCAGUACCCGCAGAACGUCACCCUGACUCUGUCCCUUGGCAAGAAGUUUGAGGUCACAUAUGUGAGCCUGCAGUUCUGCUCGCCAAGACCCGAAUCCAUGGCGAUUUACAAAUCCAUGGACUACGGUAAAACUUGGGUGCCCUUUCAGUUUUACUCCACGCAGUGCAGGAAGAUGUACAACAAGCCCAACAGGGCCGUGAUCACGAAGCAGAACGAGCAGGAGGCCGUGUGCACGGACUCCCACACCGACAUGUACCCUCUGACCGGCGGCCUCAUCGCCUUCAGCACGCUGGACGGCAGACCGUCAGCGCACGACUUUGACAACUCCCCGGUGCUGCAGGACUGGGUGACGGCCACGGACAUCAAAGUCAUCUUCAGCCGGUUGCACACCUUCGGCGACGAGAACGAGGACGACUCGGAGCUGGCCCGGGACUCAUACUUCUACGCGGUGUCGGACCUGCAGGUCGGAGGGAGAUGCAAGUGCAACGGGCACGCGUCCCGGUGCGUAAAGGACCGGGACGGGAGUCUGGUGUGUGAGUGUAAACACAACACCGCCGGGCCGGAGUGCGACAGGUGCAAACCUUUCCACUACGACAGACCGUGGCAGAGAGCCACAGCCAGGGAGGCCAACGAGUGUGUCGCCUGUAACUGUAACCUUCACGCCCGGAGGUGUCGUUUCAACAUGGAGCUCUACAAACUCUCUGGGAGGAAGAGUGGAGGAGUCUGCCUCAACUGUCGCCACAACACAGCAGGGCGUCACUGUCACUACUGCAAGGAGGGCUACUACAGAGACCUGUCCAAGCCCAUCUCACACAGGAAAGCCUGCAAAGCAUGCGAUUGCCAUCCCGUGGGUGCUGCUGGCAAAACCUGUAACCAAACCACAGGACAAUGUCCCUGUAAAGACGGUGUGACUGGUAUCACGUGCAACCGCUGUGCUAAAGGCUACCAGCAGAGCCGCUCGCCCAUUGCCCCCUGCAUAAAGAUUCCAGUUGCACCUCCUACAACUCCAUCCAGCAGCACAGAGGAGCCAUCAGACUGCGACUCUUACUGCAAGGCUUCUAAAGGCAAGCUGAAAAUCAACAUGAAGAAGUACUGCAAGAAAGAUUACGCCGUCCAGGUGCACAUCCUGAAGGCGGACAAAGCCGGCGAGUGGUGGAAAUUCACCGUCAACAUCAUCUCCGUCUACAAGCAGGGCGAGAGCCGCAUCCGUCGGGGGGACCAGUUCCUGUGGGUGCGAGCCAAAGACGUGGCCUGCAAGUGUCCCAAGAUCAAGCCUGGGAAGAAGUACCUGCUGCUGGGGAACGACGAGGAUUCCCCCGGCCAGAGCGGGGUGGUGGCUGACAAAGGCAGCCUGGUUAUCCAGUGGAGGGACACGUGGGCGCGAAGGCUCAGGAAGUUCCAGCAGCGCGAGAAGAAAGGCAAGUGCAAGAAGCCAUAGGUGGGGAGAAAAGAAGGUGGAUAGGAUGCUGGAGAGGGAGAGGGAUUCAAGAGGAAAAGCUGAGCGGGUGAUUGAAAAAAAAAAAUAGGAGUGAAAGAGAGACACACAGAGGACCACGGACAGAGAAGAGACUGUUUAUGUCGCUGCUUUUUUGUGUAGAAGCAUGAAGAGAAUUAUUUAGGAUGAUUUGUUUGUUUUUCCUAGUGAACUUUUGUUGAAGGAGCUCACCUUGCAGAUUUGGUUUUAUGGUUUAUUUUACUUUGAGAUUCGUCUCUUUUGCGGAUUUGCCGAAUUUGCACCUAUUACCAGUAUAUAACAUUAUUUGUGUUUGUUUUCUUUAUCCCAGUAUGAAAUCAUUAUAUUUUAUGUUCUAAUUUUAUGGACAUUUUCUGCUGGUGCAAAAAUGACAGAAAGCCACUUAACUACCGCUGCAGUUUUUGCCUCUGCAUGUUUUUUUUUUUUUGUUUUUGUUUUGUUGUAUUGUAUUCUUAGCUAAGAAGCUAGCUUGUUUCAUCAAAAGUCUUCACUUAUCUGAUUGAGGCGGUAAUAUUUCCUUCAUUGAGAUUUGUGCCAUAAAAGUGUUGUUGCUAAGCCACAGAAAUGCAUUUGCAGCUGCCAUUCCUUUCCCGUGUUGAAAUUCAGGUAUAUCUGCAACUCAAGCAAAAAUGAUUUCCUAGAUUUCCAUCAGAAUACAGUGAUGAUAAAAGCAUUUUUCACCUGAUUAGCUCCUCAUCUGAGAUUGUAAUGUUCAGUAUACUAAAUGGUGCUGCUUUUGGUACUAAUGUUAAUGUUUUUUGGGGGAAGCGGAGGAAAAAGUGCAUUUAGAUAUCACUGACUUUACUUUUAGUACUUUAAGUAACUUUGAUUUUUUUACACUUUGUUUCACAAAUUCAGUUGUAGUUUAAACAAGUGAGUUGAGGACAGGAGGCCAACCACAUUGAUUAGUACAAAAAUAUCAUAUUAUUCACAGGUAGAGCUAAUGCACACAAACAAUAAUGAAUAUGGACUUCUACGUGGCUAAAGAAUAAUAUUUUGAAUGUUUUAAGUGAUUCCAUCAACAUUAUUGUGACAAUAUUAUACUUGCUCUACAACUAAGCAUUUAGCGCUGUGAACGCUACGCAGCGGGGGGGUGAUUGUGCAGCGUGAAUAGAACAUUAGAAUAGUGUGGGUGAAAGUACUGCACUGCUGCCUGUUCUCAGAGGGCACUGACAAAGAAAUGCAUAUAGUAAGUCCCACGUGCAACAAUGUAAAUGUUUAUGUGGUGCAUCUCGAAUUCCUUCUUACCAGCUCAUGGACAACUUUGUACUUUGGUUAAAGUGGACCCUUUAAAAUGGGUUUGAUUGGGACAAAGAAAGAAAAAUACCCUUUUUUUGUGACUUUUGCUUUCCUCUGACAGUGUAUGUAUGGUUACCGAAAUCUGAAAAGGUGAAUUUCUGUUUUAAACAAGAUAAUUUCAUCCUAAUUAUCACAGGUUUUAGAAAGAGAAUAAGAGUGGGUAUUCAUGCAAAGAUAAUUAUCUUACCUCACAGUGCAGAAAUGAAUCCUCAUAGUGCAGAAAAUGAAAAAAUAAGGUGCUCAACACCAUUGCUUAAAUUUGCUUUCGAAAUCCGCCUCUCACUGGCUUGUAUUCACUUAGAGUACCCCUUAUAGUACUAUGGGACUGCAGAUAAAUACCUUUACAGUCCACGCACUCCUUUGCAAACACAAUGCAUGACUGUACAUUCUCCAAAAGGACACCGUGCGACCAGUCAGAAGCUAGAGGCUCCCAUUGACCUGCCAUGUUAAUUCUCUUCACUUCAACACUUGCAGAGGGAGCAAUGGGGUGAAUUGCAAUCACUUGUCACUGCUUGAUUCAAACCACUUUUGCUCGUUUACGUGUAUGCAGUUCAGCUUGGAGUUCUCCAAGGAAUGCCGGGUUAAAAAAAAAAAAAAAAAACAGCUCAGGUUUGUUCAAAGCCCAAAGUUGGAUCUGAUUUAUCAGAAACUGGGGUUUCUUUUAGUCCAAACUACACCAUGAGCAACAUGUUUGGGAGACAAGUACCAGCAACGUACUGUUAUUUGCUGUUUCACAAAUUUACAUUUUGCACCUUUUAACAUUUUCCAUGGCUGAAGUGAAUGUAAACGAGGGUUUAGAAUCAUUUAAAGGCAGGAUUUCAAUAUAACGGACCUUGUUAAAAUGGUGGUAAUAUUUGAUUCCUCUAUCUCAGAAACAAACUUUUUUUUUUUAGCAAACUAAAAUGCCUCCUAGAUGAUGGCAAGUUAGGACAGAUAACCAAUUUGCUGAAGUACUUCUCCAUAUUUACAUCUCUGGUUUCAUGGAAUUGUUUUUUUCCCCACUGCAAUCAAUCAAAUGAUUGUUUUCAGCUUGACAUGACGCUACAUGCUGGCGGCUCCUCCAACAAUGACACCUUACUGACACAUUCAGUAUAUUCACAUGUUGCUGCAUUUCACCAUUCAACCCACAACAUAAUGUUACAUGUCCAGAUGUUUUUAUUUAAAUUUUUUUUGACACAAUGUAAUCUGUCAUCACACCUCUCUACUCUCUGUAGCCUCAUGCUGUAAAUUUUACAACUGUCUCCUGAGCAAUGGUUUGACAAGCUUCCCGAUGAAACGCUACACACACGUCAAAGCAUUGCUUUGUGUUCAUACUAUGAAUUGUAAAUGUUGUUGUCACUAUUGCAAAAACUUUGCAAUGUUGUUUUACAAUGCCUACUAAUAUAUUAUGGUUAUUAUAUAUGAAUAUAUUUAAUGACACAAGACAUUGUGGAUUUUAUUGUCUUUUUCAACUUUUUUUUUUUUUUACUUGUUUGUGGUUGUUUAGAUCGUUGCCAUUAAAGAAGGAAAUAAUAACUACUGAACACACCAACCUGGUAGAACUAAAUUCAGAUUUUCAGUUGAAAUAAACUCUUGUUACAUUGAAAAA